UGGGCGACAGUUUUAAAGUGCAGUGUUUUAAAGUAGCGGCUGAGAUCUGAGACCAAACGGCAAACUAAACCAAUAUGGGUGGCAAAAAUAAACAAAGAACGAAGGGAAAUGUUCGGCCAUCCAGCAGUGGCAGAGCAGCCGAAUUAUUGGCCCGGGAAAGCGGGGUCAUUCCUGGGUUCGUUGGAUUUGGGAUUUCGACCUCAAAUGAGCCAGGAUAUGUGCCUGCUGUCCAUGGUGCAGAAGAAAUAGACAAUCUGGUAGAUGGUGAUUUUCGUUUGGUUUUGAGGAAGUUGUCCAAGAGAGAUGCAGUCACAAAACUGAAGGCAGUACAGGAAUUUGGGGCAAUGUGUCAGGAGCGGGAAUCAGACGUAGUAAAAGGUGUUCUUCCCUAUUGGCCACGGAUAUACUGCAAAAUAUCACUGGAUCAUGACCGCCGUGUUCGAGAGGCCACACAGCAGGCUUUUGAGCAGCUCAUUCUGAAAGUCAAGCGAAACCUUGCACCUUACCUGAAAGGUAUAAUGGGCCACUGGCUCAUAGCUCAGUGUGACACAUAUUCCCCUGCUGCCUCUGCUGCUAGCGUCGCCUUCCAGGCUGCCUUUCCCCUCAACAAACAGCCAGAGGCUCUCAGUUUCUGCAAAGAUGAAGUGUUGAAUGUGCUCCAAGACAAUCUGCUGAAGGAAACAGCCGACACCCUCAGUGACCCACAGAGCAUUCCAGAGGAGGAGCGAGAGGCAAAAUACAUGCGUCUGCUGACCAGCUCCAUGCUGGCACUAAAGAGACUGCUAACAAUGAUUCCUCAAACAGACCGUGAGGCUCUAGACGAACGUCUUGCUCAUGUUCUCUCACAGGGGAAGUUCUGGAAGUACAGCAAACACAAAACUCCACAGGUCCGAGGGGCGUUCUUCGAGGUGGUUGCUGCUCUGUGUGAACUCGCUCCUCAGCUCAUUCAGGCCGAAGCAGCACGAGCCUGUUCUGCUGUACUCCUCAGUAUUGACGACUCUGACCCUGUGGUCCUGCCGCCACUGUGGGAGGCUGUGCUGCACAUUCUCUCCAGCGUAGAGGACUGUUGGACUCAUGUAAAUGCCAGGAAAGGUGUGCUACCCAAGCUUUGGGCGCUACUGAAAGAGGGAGGCCGUGGCCUGGCCACUGCACUGCACCCCAACAUGCUCCCCUUUAUCAGCAAACUUCCAGCAGAGGUCACUGAACCCAAACUUGACUUCUGUAGAACAUUCUUCACAUCCAUCAUACAAGGUCUGUCCAGUGAGCGUGCCCUAGCCAGCCCCUCAGAGUGUGCAGCCAUUGUUUUUGCCACCAUGGAGUGCUUGCGUUUCCUUCUACUACAGAACGCAGGAGAGGAGCCAGAACAGCGGGCCAUGCAGGCAGUACUCAUCUCAGAGCAGCUCCUGCCUUUGAUAGACAAAUCACUAGGAAACCCUGCUUUGCAGAGUGGGCCUCUGUUCCUUCAGAUUACUGAAAUGCUGGUGUCAUGGGAGAAGCGUACGACUGGAAACGAGGCCAAGACCUUCCAGAGACUGCUGGUAGAUUUCUGGGAGGGCCUGGGCAGCCUUUGUGUGGGGUAUGUGGAUCAAGAGGAGACGGAGCAGGUGGCUCUGGAAGGCGUGGCCUCUCUGCUGCAGAUCAUGCAGAACCCUUGUAAACAAGGCAAGCGGAAGAAGGCUGUGAAGAUCUGCUUCUCGGACCAGGAAGCAAAAGGGCAAGGGGAAGAUCUUCCAAGCGGAACUCCACCAACAGAGCUUUCCGAAAGCCAGGGGAAGCAGGACUCUUCCCUGAGGAGCAGCCACCUGCUGGAGCUGGUGUGCCAGCUGGCUGAAUUAAACAUGGUGUAUGUGUGUGAGCGCAACUCAGAGAGGCACCUGCGCUUUCUGGCUCUGCUGCUGCGCGCCUUCCCAAAGCCACAGGUGUUCCAGGUGCUACUAAAGUCAGAAGAUGGAAAGCCUGAACAGGGACUGGAAGCAGAGCUCGGCACGCUGUCUGAAAACCCGGCUGUACGCUUUCUCCUGCAGAGAGUGGUGGUGUGGCUCCGGCAGGAUAACAGACAGGACACUGACUUUCUGGUGGACAUGGUGUUCAGUGCUUUACAUUGCUGUAGCUCCAAAGGAGAGCAGACUCUUGUUCUCAACCACAUCACUAUUAACUUGAAAUGGGGUGUUAUUCUUCAAAUUAUCCAAAAGGCAUGUAAUGAUGCUGGCUAUUUGGAGGCUUGUGUUGGCUGGUUAAGAGGCUCAGUGCUAGGUGAGCGCUUGGUAGGGCUGGCUGGUGAGCUGUGUGCCUUUGGGCUGAAAGGAUCGCCCUCUCUCUCCUCCCCACUCAUGAGCCAAAACAGCCAUAGCUGGCCACUCAUCAGCCUGGCCCUCUCUCAGCAGCACAAUAACGAGUCACUGAUUGGUAAGGUGUACGUGGAGCAGAUCAUCGAGCGGCUGCAUGCUACACUAUCAGAGGCAAAGGGCAUGUCGGAUGCUGGGAACAUGGAACCUCUCGUCUCCUUCAUCUGCGACGUGGCCUCCAACUUUUUCUCAUCAGUAAAAGGCUGUUUAUUGCUGGCAGCGGCCGAGGAGCUGCUCCUCACCAUUUUCCAGCUGUGUGCACAGGACCAGACCCUCACACAACUCUCAGAUGCUCUGCUGCAGAAGAUGAAACUUGCCUACACUGCUGGAGUGCACUCAUUAGUCACACAGUUAGGGGCAGGGGUCACGAAGGGGACCUUCCUCUACAGUGCUGCAGUCUGGGUUAAAAACCAGCUUCUCACUUCUGCUCUCAAUGUGAAAAGUCUGCAGGUUCUGGUCCAGGCGGUGCAGAGCUUGGCCGAAACUUUGUCCUCAGCCCAGCAGAGCGAGUGCCUUUUGUCACAGUUCAUUUGCUGUCUCAGCCCAACACACGAGGAGUGGGUUUUCCUUAGAAAAGCCCUGCCUCCUCAGUGGGUAAAGCUGCCCCUGCUGUUUGGGCGUCUCAGAGUGACUGAGGAGAACCCUGGCAUAGACUUGUGGAAGGUGAAGGGCUUGAGCAGACUCCCUGCACAUCUGUGUGCCAGUGCUGUGCUGGGAAAAAUCAUUUUCAUUGCAGUACCAGCUGAUACCCAGCAGGAGGAGACAGACACCUCAGAACUUCCUGAUCUCAGACACACGGUUGCAGAAAUUCUUUAUGCUCUGCAGUGGUCUGAAGAGAUGGAGCAUUGCCCUGCCAUGCUGUCUGAAUAUUACAAAAUGCUCCAAGACUGGAACAUAGCUGAGAAAACCCAUAGCAACAGUUCAGCCAAAGCUGGCGUUCUGGAAACAUUGUUCACAAGGUCGCGAGAAGAGGGUGCCCUCUGGUCACUGACUUUGGCAAGCUAUAUCCAGAAUACCAAACCAGAUGCCAGCGUCAUUAAGAGUCUCUGUGGUAACGUGGAAUGUUUCUAUCCUCUUUCGGAGCAGAGUGUGUGCACUAUUCAGGUAUUGUGUUCGUCUCUGACCGCUGCCGAAAGAGAAGGACUCAUCGCUCUGUCCAUUGCUGAACUACUCAACUGGCAGGAGAAGGACCAAGACUGCGCCCGCAGUGUGUGGGCGUGUCUAGCCGUGCUGCACUGUUGUCUGCAGGCUGAGACUCCUGUGGAGGAGGAGAUUCUGCUGGCUGUAAUGGCCACCUUACUGGAGUGGCGCAACAGCAGAGAGGAGUGGUUCCUUUUUAACAGUGACCUGGGGAAAGCAUCUGCUGCGGAGCUUGCUCUGCCUGUGGAGAUGAUGCGUUUCCUGUGCUGGCUGGUGGACCAUUCUCCCACAGUUCUUGGCAGCACUCAUUGGGACUUCCUCCUCUGCUCCAUGCUGGCAUGGCUAGAGACUGCCAGUGAGAGCAGUGGGGCCUUCUGGAAUCCCUGGGUGCAGCAGUUUGUGUGUGCUAACUGUGAGCUGAUUGUGAGACUCACUGAGUUCUUCACAACACCACCUGCUGGUGUGGCAGAGCAGCUGCCAUCCGAGCUCAGCUCAGAGUGGCAGGAGUUUUUUGUGGAGGGAAUCCACAAUCUGCUGUUGCCUCUGCUAGUGAAGAUUCCUGUUGAGUUCCCUGAGCCAGAUGAGCCGCUGUUUCCGAUGGCCGUGGUGGUCGCAGUGGGCGAGGCUCUCUCCUACAUCCCCGUCCAGUUGCUUACGCACAAUAAACUUCCAGCCCGGUUUGUGGCAGACCAGAAGAGCAGCCUGCCCGAUGCCCUUCAAACUUUGCUGAACACUCUCGGCCCACUGCUGCUGUUCAAGGCCCGACCGCUGCAGCUAGCUGUCUAUCACAUACUGCACAAGAUCAUGCCUCUACUACCAGAAAGCGACUGUGAGAGUGCCACUGCCAAAUCUGAAGAUGAAGACGAGGAAGAGCCUUGCCUGUCCCCUCCAGCAGCGAUAAUGACUAUUCUCACAGCGACAGAGGAGUUACUAGAGAAUAUUCUGGGUGGCGUACAGGUCGGAGAGUUUGCUGUGGUGCAGCCCCUCAGCAUGGAGCACUGUUGCAUCCUGGGAUACCUGCUGGCCUGGAAACUCCUCCUCACCUUCUUUAAAGCGGCACCUUCUCAGCUGCGUGUCCAGUACUCCUUGUAUUUACGGAAGACCCGUGCUCUGCAUAAGCUGCUGCUACAUCUUUUCCGGCUUAUGCCAGAGAACCCGACACUGCCUGGGCAGCCCACAGAGAUGGCCAGCAAAGAACCUAAAAGCUUCUUUACGGAGAGUCUGUCCCUCUCUCUGCACCAAAAGGAAGGUUUGCAGUGUGAGGUUCUCCACCUGGCCUGCUCUGUGUACUAUGGAGCUUUGAAAGACCUGCCUGCAAUGGUUCGCUUAUGGUGGAACAGUCAGGAGAAGCGCGUGUUCAGCAUUGUGGAUAAGUUUACCAGCAAAUAUGUCAGCAGUGUGCUGUCAUCACAGGAGAUCACCUCAGUGCAGUCCAGCACACAGACCUUCGAGAGUAUGACGGUAAAAGCGCGCUCUGCCACACGAGAGGUGAUUGCGACCUACUCAGUGGACGAUAUCUUUAUUGAGCUGGUAAUCCAGCUGCCUCAGAACUACCCUCUGGGCUCCAUCUCUGUGGAGAGUGGCCGCAGGGUUGGAGUAGCUGUGCAACAGUGGCGCAACUGGAUGCUCCAGCUUAGCACAUACCUUACACAUCAGAAUGGCAGCAUUAUGGAGGGUCUGUCUCUGUGGAAGAAUAAUGUGGACAAGCGUUUUGAGGGAGUGGAGGACUGCAUGAUCUGCUUUUCAGUCAUCCAUGGAUCCAACUAUUCACUGCCUAAGAAAGCCUGUCGCACUUGCAAGAAGAAAUUCCACUCAGCUUGCCUGUAUAAAUGGUUCACAUCAAGCAACAAGUCCACAUGCCCACUGUGCAGAGAGACCUUUUUCUAAAUACCACCACCAAAAACAGGUGACUAAGCUGUGGACAAUGAUGAGAGACAAAACAAAUAAGAUGAAGAGCAAAUCUCAGUUUGUAAGUUUGUACAUAUAAUUUUGACUGAAGUCCUGUCAGUCAUUGAAACCCAUUCAAGUGACUGACCAGACACUGACUUUACCCGCCUGUUUCACAAUCAAGAACAAGUUAGAUGGUCACUGUUUAAGCCAUCUUGUCACACCAUUGAUGGAUAAAAAUGCAAAAAGACUCUUAAGACUGUUGUCUUUCCUUUUUGAAUCAUGGACUGGAAUGCUGCCUUGAUUGCCUUCUCUAAACACUGUAAAAAAUUUGACCCUCUAGAAGACCAGGAAUCUGUUUGAGCAAUGCAGAGAGACUGAUG